CCUCCUCCUCCUCCUAUACUCCGCUCUCUGACUCCACGGCUUCACUUCACUAGAAGAUGGCGGACUGCGCUCCCCUAUUAGAUGAAGAACUCUCUUCCUUUGUCUUCAAUUACCUGACAGAAACCUCCGACAGCCAGUAUGGGGAGGAGGAGGUGUGUUCGGACCGUCUGGACACUGACUUCCCGGACAUCGACCUCUCCCAGCUGGACGCCAGUGACUUUGACAGCGUCAACUGUCUCAGCGAGCUGCACUGGUGCAAUGACCAGCCGUCGGACGCCUCGCCAGCCUCCAUCCACUACAGUACGGCCGAUGAGCUCUUCGAGACUGAAGAGCAUGCGGCCGCCCUGCUCGCCGCUCUGACAGACAGCCUGGACGGCAUGGUGGACACCGAGGAGGGCGCGCUCUCCGUCUUCCCAGCGCUGGGGGAGGAGCCCGACCAGGAGGAGAAGGAGGACGGCGGCCUGCCCCUCAACGCCGAGGACUUCAGCCAGUCGCUGGGGGCCGAAACAGAGGACUCGUCUCUAUUGAUGAAGCUGCUGCUGACGCCUCCCAACGUGCCCACGGCCAUCGACACACACAAAGACGUUGGACACGCGCAUCGGCACGGCAACAGGAGCCUCCACCUGCGGCCGGUCCGACCUCUGGUCAAGAGCGACAUCCCUCAGGAGCGAAAGCCACGAGCGGUGCGUCCGGCGGGCCGCCUCUGCACCGAGCUCCACCGCCACCUCACCACCGCCCAGGACGCCGAGGACAACCCCGCCCCCGACACCGAGGAGGACGAAGAGGAGGAAGAAGAGGACGAGGACAGUGAGUCGGAGGAGGAGGACGAAGAGGAGGAAGAGGAGGAGGAGGAGGAGUCUUCCAGCAGCGAGGCGGAGAGCGCGGUCGCGGCCGCGGCGCCGGUCGAGCCGGCCAAGCCCCAGUUCAGCUCGGAGAAAGAACUGCACUCAGUGGUGGAGCUGAUCAGGUACAUGCACACCUACUGCAUGCCCACGCGCAAGCAGCAAGGCUGGGAGCGCAAGGACCGCGAGCUGCCCGCUCUGGCUCGCAGCAGGGCCCGACCCGAGGCCCCGCGCCCGGCCGGCUCCGCCUCUCACAGCAAGGUCGUCGCGGUGGUCGGACCGGGGGCGAGCGGGGGCUCGUCCGGGACAAGCGGCGGCGUCCCCAGGAGGCUCCCCUUCGCCAAGAGGAGGGAAAUGAAGGCCAACUCGCUUCUUCGUGAGCUCCUGGAGCAGAGCAGCUCCUUUGACGUGAGCAAGCCUUACAGACUGCACAGCCCUCCCUACUCCCACUCCCACAGCCCCAGCAGAGGAGGAGCCCCCGCGCCCUCUGCCCCGGCUAAACCAGCCGCAUCACGCUCCCCCAGCUCCACCCCCUCCAAACCGGAGCUUCGUAAAGACUCCUCCUCCUCCCCUGAGAGGAGAUCUCUCAGCUCCUCAUCCUUGGAGGCUCCACACAGCCCAGAGGAGCCGGCAGAGGACAGCAGCUCCUUCUCGGUGCGGCGCUCUCGCCGCCUGGCGUCUUUUCCCAGCCGCUUCGCCAAGAGGCUGCGGCCCGGCCGGGCGAGAGGAGCAGAGGGGAGGGAGGAGAGGGAGAAGGACGAAGGUAGAGUGGGCAUAAAACUCCUGCCAACACAGGCAGGAGGAGGAACCACGACGGAGGCCCCGGCAGAGCUGCUGACCCCGACCGACGGCAGCCAGGCCACAGCGGAGCCGACCAAACCCUGCUGCCACAGCGAGAAGCGAGCCUGCCUCUGUCUGCCGCUGAACUCCAAAUCCACAGGAGAGUCCCAGUAUGGCACCAAGCCUUUUGAGCAGACGCUCAGCGUGGAUCUGUGUGGAACAGCAGGUCUCACCCCUCCCACCACCCCGCCUCACAAACCCGUGGAGGACGAGCUCUUCAAGCCAGCCGAGGGAGGGAAGGGCGGCGGAGGAGGCGGUGGCGGUGGCGGAGGGGAGUGCGUCCACCCCACCGCAAACACCAACGCCAACGCCACCUCCAAGGGCUCGUCCUGGCUGAGCCGCAGCCACCACCAGCGGAAGCUCCCGGAACAGACGGAGCUGUACGCCCAGCUGCGCCGCAUGGGCCAGGCCGGCGACGGCGACGUCCACCGCACCUUCGGCGACCACGACUACUGCGCGCUGAGCCUCGGGGAGAGCCGGAAGCGCAGCGCCGCCAUGCUCGGCGCCAUCCUGCGGGCGCAGGAGGGAGGAGGCGAGGACGCGGGACGGACCCAGGCGCCCAGAGGAGCCGAGGGUCAGGCGUCGGCCGAGGAGCACGAGGAGAGGCUCUCGCUGUCGGAGAUGGUGCUGGAAAAACGGGAGGACGGCGGCGUGGUGGUGGUGAUGUCGUCGCCGCUGCCGUCCGACUGCCAGUUGGCCGCGGCCACACCGCCAGCCUCGGAGGAGGAGGCGGAGCGCUCGUCGGCGUCUCGCUCGCCCUCGCCCAUCCUCCAUUUGUCCCCCGACUCCCCCGCCAGCAAGACAGACUCCAGCGAGAACUCUGAGAUCUGCGCUGACGACAAGCAGAGGAACAAAGCCACGUCUGACGAGGACAACUGCCAGGUGUUUUACAUCCACAACCUGCCGAGCAGCGUGACCCAGAACAUGCUGAGGAAACGCUUCCAGGUCUUCGGCAACGCAGAGGACUGCAGCGUCAUCAUCCGCAACGAGGAGCGCUGCGGCGUCAUAAAGAUCCGCCAGUCGGGGCUUCAGAGACACUGGAGGGCACGGGAGACGCUUUUCCAAAGCGGCACUGGAGGCCUAAGGAGGGUGACCAGGAAACGCUACAUAGACCUGGAUGAGGCUGGUCCGGGCCCCGUCAAGAGCAAGUACGAUGCGCUGGACUUCGACACGCUGCUGAAGGAGGCGCAGAAGUCCCUGCAUCGCUGACAGCACAGCGCCCCCGACUGGCCAGCCUUAGUAAACUGCAGCGAAACAGCUCCGCCCUCAGACAGGCCUCUCAGUACCUCCACGCAAGGCAACCUCGCAAAAUGUUUACAUUUUUACCAUUGGAGUAAAGUAACGAAAAGGACCUUGUUUUUUUUUUUGGUUUUUGAUUUGUUUUGUUUUGUUUUAUUUUUUUUUAAAGUUUCUUUCACUGGAGGAUACUGCUUAAAAAUGAGGAAGCCGCGGCGAAUACGGGGGGAGUUAAGAGACAAUAGAGGAAAUCGGACUUUUAACAGCAAUGGUACAACAACUUCAAACAAUAACAACAAGUUCUGUGCUGAACAACAAUAACAACAAAGCUGCUUCCUGUCUGUGUUGGUGACAUCAUCACCCCGCGUCGGAAGAGCGGGGCUGAGAGACCUCUGUAGCAAAAUACCUUGCUAUCCCUGCGUUGCGUCGGUCGUCGUGGUGUGUGUUUCUGCGUGUGCGUGUUCUUUGUUUUCUUUCGUUUGUUUCGUAACAAAAAAAAAAAAAUCCCUCCCUCUCUCUGGUCACGGGUGGUGAAACUGCAAGCUGUGUUUGCCAUGAAAUCGUGCGGUGGUAUCACGAGAAAAAAAAAAAAAAAAUUAAUAGUAAUAACAAUAACCCUGCUUUGUUUUAGCGAAAAUUUGUGGAUGUUAUAAAAGUUAAAAAAUGAAAAAACAAUCUGUGUGUGUGUUAUGGACAAAGAAAAUAACAAAAAAUGACAUUUAACGUAAUCAUUUGAUGACUGAAAAAGUUUACAAAUCUAAAAUGAAGAAGAAAAAAAAUCAUGUUUUUUUUUUUUUGUUUCUUUUUUGUUGGUUUUUUUUUGUAAUUGUAGUGCUUCCUUGAUUUGAUCUAUGCACUGUAAGGAGGUAAAUGUCUCCACUGUCCUCCACCUUUCCCCCUUGACUCGAAUCUCUAACUCUGCCACGCCGAAUCCGGGCUCUGCUACUGGCUGCUGCAGGCUGCGUUUGGCAGGCGCUGUAUCCACGGCGACGAGACUUCGACUCCGAUCUGGAAAAAUCACUUCUGAGAAUGAUUCCCAACCCGUUCAACCUAAAGACCUCAACUGAUGAUGAAGCACUUAUUUGAAUGUCCCAUGUGUUGAACUAGGCUCAAAACAAGCUACCCCCAAGCUGACCCUGUAUUCUUAAGAUUAUUAUUAUUAUUUGACCGCAAUAAUUUAAUUUAUUAGUUGGAUUAUUUGCUAAUGUGCUCUUGGCCGGCACUCGUUCUGAAUUAAAAUGUCACCCCCCUUCAUUAACUAACUGCCAAAGUGCCAUCCCUGAAAUUUUCAGUGAUGCCAAAAUAUAGACAACAUUGUUCAUCGUUGGUCCAGAAGUGAUGGGUCUUCUAUGGACCAAUCGAAAAUUUGUUUUUUUUUCCUCUACUCACAUGGGUUUGGCCCCGCCGUUUGUUUCCCAAAGUAUGCCCGAGCGGCUGGAGUCAAAUUUAACUUGGGCCAUCCCGCCGGUGAACGUUCAAGAAACGGACCGCCUGUUCGCGUUGAGGUUAUUUUUCCAGAUCGGGAGGGGUCUUCGCGUCUCUUUGAUGGGGUCCCACUGAACAUGUGUCCGCUGAAGGCCUCGGCCUGUUGACACCCUAUAAAUGCUACAGCCAAUGCAACAAUUACCGUUUACAUGUGGACUUCAGCAAGCAGGUCUGACAUGGGGAAAUGAGGAUGGUAGCUGUUGGCGCUUUCAUGCCCUGAGUGCAAUACUCAAUUCAUCAUUCCUCCACCCACGGUUUGUCCGAACCACUCCGGUCUGAUGUCUCGCCGCACAAAAGUCGUCCACCUUGGCACAGAAAUCUGAAUCACUUCGAUUGUAAAGGUGCAACAUCGGUGCACAAGACUCUCACACACUCGCAUCUUGCCGCUGAAUCUCAAAGGACAACGAACGAACGACAAAUCCUCCGCAGUUUAACACGCUCUUCCGUGAUUCGUCCCACCACCUGCUCCACCCGAUGAAUCGUCAUCGCUCGUCACAGACAGAUCUGUCAGCUUAAAUGGAAUGUAUUUCAAAAAAACAAAAAAAAAAAAAAAAAAAAAAUCUGAAUGUAUCCGCCCUCGCUUCUGCUCGCCCCCCAAGAUUGUGGAGCUUUUUUGGUGCUUUAAAAGGUAGACUUGCUAAGUCGUCCGGUUACCUCGACACAGAGCUGAUGCUGGCUUGAAGAACAAGCUCGGGUAGCGCCUGACCCCCCCCUGAUGCAGCCAGUAGCAUCGGCCCUUCGAGGAAGAGACAGCCUCCAAGCCUGCCAAUACGGUGGUCACCGAAAUGCCACAAACAAAAACACUGCAGCCAGGGCACGAGCGAGGGAUGGGUCUGAAAAUACCGAUAAUGAGCAUCGGUCGGGAAUCCGGUUUCUCGUCCGGGAGGUGUUGUAUCAGCUGAGCCUCACUACCUCACAUCCACCCAUCCCUCCUCCCGUCUUUUAUCCUCUCUGUCUCUUGGACACUCUCCUCCUCUUUUAUACGUCUGUCGAUCUUCAUGUAAUUGUCCAAAAAUGUUCUCUGUGUGAGGGUUUUCCCCGACCGAUGGGUAGUCAUGGGGAGUUUGGGGGUUUUUUGCGUGGUCGGUUUUUAUUCUGUAACCUCUUCUGCUACUGCUAAGCCCCUCUGAGGGAAAUAACUCUCGCUCUCUGUCUAUCUCUUUCCCCGUCUUGCCUCACGGCGAACGGUUUUUAGCGUGUCAGUUCGUUGGCGUCUCGACUGUGUGUCCUAGUGUAUCCGAGUGUCUCGUCUUUGUCUCGUGUUUCCAGUUGGACGCUGUCGCUGCUCGGGGCGGCCGGUGAGGAGGAGUUUGCAGCUGAUGGUUGGUUUGUUGGUUGGUCGGUCCUUGAGUUGCGCUGGGAGGCGAAGACUCGCAAUCUUCUUCCCCUCCCUCGUUUUCUAAUUUUCUUCCGGGGACAUGCCAAUCCUCCAUCUCUCCCUGUCCUCCUGCUCGUCCUCCUCCGCUUUGAGCAUUUCAAUAAAGCGCAGCCCAACUCGCUCGCUCUCUCCUUCUUGAGCUCUAUCUCUUUCUCUCUCUCUGUCUUUUUUCCUCUGUGGGUUCAGGGCUUUGUUUCCUGGCCCAAAUCCUGGCAAACUUCCCCUUUUGUAACAGAUAAUCCCUCUUGCUACUUUUGCGCCCCCUUCAUCCUUUCCCUAUCUAAUCAACUCCUUGGUAACACACACGAAAUAUUGAAUGUUUACAUCACUCAAUUCUCCUUCGACUUUAUUAGGAACGCACACUAAGUACAAAGCCGCCUUAUUCAGUGUUGGGAAAAAAAAAAGACUAAAUAGCAGCCGAGGCGGCCGAGAGGGACGCGUCCUCUUCAGACUCGUCCUCGAAGGCUCGCUGAUGUCCAAAACUAGAAAAAUCAAUUUAGUGCUACACAUACUGAUUGAGAAACGAGGUGUCAUCUCAAAAAACACACUAAUUUUUUUUUUUUUUUAACUGUAUCAAAACUAACGCAAACAACUGAAUGAGUAUUUGUGCUUAGUAUGUAUACUACUAAAAAGUGAGAGAAUGUGCUGGUUUACAUAUUAAAAAAAAAAAAGAAACUAUAUUAUAUGAAUAUAUAAUGUGUAUAUAGCACUAUGCCUCGUUGUAAACAUAAAAUGUAUUGUGUGUUUUUUAAAAGGUGGUGGGUCAUUGUUGAUUGCUAAUCAGACAGGAGAAGGUCAGGUCGGUUUUGUUCCAGUUGGUUAAUGGAUGUUCAGAACAGGGAGAAAAAUGAAGGGAAAACUUAUGUCGAAACGACUUCAAGCAAAAAGUCCAACACUGCUGUAAAAGAGUUACAAAAAAAAAAAAAAAAAAAAUUGAGAAGUAUCCCUUUAGACUAUCAUACUAGAAGGUUCUUAUUUCUUUUCUGUCUUUUAAAUGACGAAUAUUUUUGAUGAUUUUUUUUCUUAAAAAGCAAUUGAGAUGCAAUACGUAAUAAUAUUGAUGAUGAUAUUAAUAAUAAUCUUGUUUACGAGACAGCCUUUCUGAAAGACUGAGUUGAAACACGUACAGCGUAAGGUUGGUUGUUCAACCUCAAUGCGGGCAAUCUCUGAACUACAGAUUCAAUAAAUAGGCUACUGUAUGUAGACUGCUGUAAAACACAUUAAAAAAAAAAAAAAAACAAAGUACAGGAAGAAUGUGGUCAGUUACAUCAUAUACACAGAAGACGUUGUAUACAAAUAUAAAUUGUACUAAUAUACUCUUGCACAAAAUAACGCCCCAAGUAAUUAAAUCUCUGUUCACAAUAUUUGUUUUUUUUCUCAUUGAAAGGAAACUGUAACUGCGCUUUUGCCACAUUUUGAUGGUGCACAGGUUUGUUUAAAUCUGAUUGAGUUGCAUUGGACACUUAACUUGUAUUAUGGCAACGGCUAAUAACUAAUCGUAACUAUUGUGAACAUGUAUGACUCUGAUAUUGGAACGUGGGAGGGAGAAAAAGAAGAAAAAAAAAGAAAGUUGUUGCUGGUUUGACCCCGUUAAAUCUUUUCGGACUGAUUGCAGAUGUCGGCACUGGAGAAGUCCCGCUGUUAUUUUUUUGUUUUAUUUUAUUUUUUUGGAAAUUGUUUGGGUGAAAUCAGCCGCAGUUACCAAAUAUCUGCAGCGCUGAUGCGGGAAGAUGCAAGACGAUGCGUCACGGUUGGGAAACUUCGUGAAAUGAGCACGUCCUGAAAUGGAAAUCUGUUCCUGUACAAAACAGAGGGGAGUAAAUGUCCCGAACACGAAGGGGUUCGGUGGCCGAGGCACAGCUAGAGAAACACUUUGACAUGGAAACAGCGCAGUGGAGAGUUUUCAUUUUCAGAGAAAGUUUUUUUUUUUUUUUUUUUUUUUUUUACUUUUUACUGGCGACCAAAACCUUUAAGCAAAUUGUUUUAGAUGCCUCACCCUAACCCUGACUCCUCGCGCACCUUAACCAAAGUUCAUUUGCCCCAGCAGCUAUUAGCUCCUCCCCUUUUCUCAUGACAUGAAAGUGAAUAUUCGAUCGUGUGCCUCUGCCACGUAAUCCUUUCGCUGCGUAGGAUUGUAAUCAACACGCAUUUCGUGUUGAUACAACGUUUCAGAGCUGGUGCCCAUUUCACGAGGUGCGGCGAGGCGGUGUUGCGUGCGGUGGGAUUUCUCCGGUGUCUGCCGCUGUGGCUGUGACAGCGCCUGCGUCGUCACAGAGCUGAAAGACCGUGAAACAACCCGACUCAUCCUGGCAAGCCUUAAAAAUCAAUAGGGGGAAAAACGAAGCUACCACUAGCUUUUACUAUGACCGUUUCAACUCCUUUCCAAUCCAAUGUGGUUUAUUAUUAAAUAAUUACUGACGUAAUUAAAACUUUUUUCAAUACAGCCAUAUUAUAAAAAGGUAUAUACAUAUAUAUAUGAAUAUAUAUUUGUGUGUUUGUGUAGAUAUCUAGAUGAUUAUAUACUUUCUUAUAGAAAACUUUGAUGUUGACCAUUCUCCUCAGUGUUUUGAGAACACGUUGACACAUUUCAACAUUAUAAUACCGCUGUCCGCUCAGUCUAGGGGUCCUAGGUCGAGGGGCAACAAACCCUAAUCCAAAAAACAAAAAAAGAAAAAAAAAAAUCCUUCCAAAGGGAAUUACCCUCGUCAGAAUGCAAUAUCUUUCUUUCCACUCUUCAUUUCAGAAAAAUGGCAAGAAAACCAGUAGAAGUGAUAGGAAAGGUUGACCAAAAAAAAAAACAAACAAACAAAGCAAAACAACAAAAAAAAAAAUCAAUAAUAAAGAGUGAAUCUGACGAUGGCUCGGGGGGAAAUGUGGCGUCGCGAGCGGCCCGUCAGAUUCAGUUUUAUAGAUGUCACAACGUUUCCAGCUACACCGCCCACUGAAAUCCAUAUUUGCUUCAUUUUUUUUGUUUUUUGGUUUUUUUUCUUAAUGUCACUAUCACCUUUUGUUUGGUUGGGAAAACAAUGUAAAUCUGUAUCGAGCUUCAACAUCAGAUGAGCCCGUUCCAGGACAGGAGCGCUCGCAGCACGGGCCCGCUUCAGGGUCUCUCUCCGUUUCCACGUCGUGUUUCCAUCUGUGAGCGGCCGUCUGCGGCGCACGACACUCGAACCAUUUGCACGUCACGUUUCGACACCCCGGACUGUCACGAAACACACGGAAACCAGAGGAUCAUCCGUCAAACAUGAUGGCAACUGUGAUGUCAAAUAGGCACUUAGUAGGGACUGCAAACUGUCAAAAUCUGCUAAAUGUGAGUGGAUCUUUUUUUGGUGGAAGAAAAAUAUUUUGACAUAAAGGGCAUACAUUGUUUUUGUUGUGUUUUUGUUUUUUUGUUUUUUUCAUCGCUAUUGAUUUUAUUGAUUUUAUUGUCUAUUUACAUCUUACGACUAUCAAAUUCACAUAAAUGAUUUUUUUUUUCUUUUUUUAAAUUAGUUUUUGGUAAAAAAAAAAAAAAAAAAAAGGUAAAUACUGCUAGUAAGAUUUUAUAUUUUUACAUAUGUUGGUUUUAUUUUGCGUUUCUUCUUUUUUUAUUUAUAUGCCACUUAGUUUGGAUGUCUUUAAAUGGUGUUUUUUUUUCGUUUUUUUUUUUUUUUUUUUCUUUCUGUUUUGUGUGAUUUCAUAUGUCUUGAGAAUGUGGAGACAAAUGCAUUUCAGUAUUUUUGAAUUGUUAAAAUCUAGUUUCAUAGAAGCGGAAGUAUCUGAUAUUAUAAAUUAUAUUUUAAUUCAUGUAAAUAGUUUAAAACAGAAGACUAUGGCUUCCUUUUAAACUGAAUACAUUUCUCUUCAGAGAUUGUUUACAUUAUAAAACUGUAGAGAUGUGCUCCUCAUAUACUGUAUAAAGUACAUAUAUUCAUUGAUUUGCCUCCAAAAAAUAAAAUCCUAAUGAACAGCA